AUGAGUAAAUCAACUUGGAAAUGUAUACUGAGUGCUGGAUCGUCGAAAGUUUUUGGCUUAGGCUUGAAGAUGUUAGAGAUAAGCAUUUUCAGAAACGUGGAGCAACCUGACACCGCGAUCAACGAAGUAUUGUUCUAUGGCGCCGGGGACGAGAAACAGGUGAAACAAAUAGCCCAGAGCAAUCUGUAUUGUAUUCGCUUCAUCAUAGUGAAUGCUAGUGCGACAGUAGAUGUAUGCGUGCCCAAUCUCAGCAGCGAAACCCUCGCCAAGUGUCUGGUGACGCUCCAUCAAAACAAUAAAGUAAAAAUUAGAAUUGCGAUACACAGCAGUGACGACGACGACUUGGAGAAUCUGGAGUUGUUUGCGAAGAAUGGUGUAGAAGUGAAGGUGCUGCGGCCGGAGGUGCGGCUGGAGCACGAGUUCGUGUUGGUGGACGCGCGCGUGGCGGGCGAGGCCGUGGCGGCGCUGGGCGCGCUCGACCUGGACCCCGCCGGCCUCGCCAGCGCCGCCACGCUGCUCACCUCCGAGGCCGCCGUGCUCACCGCGCUGCAUCGGGAGUUCGAACGAGUCUGGGAUUCCGACUCCGAUAUCACACGUCUGACCUGCGACUGA